AUGGCAAACUCGCAAUAUCAUGCAGUCCGCAAGCGCAUGCAGUCGCCUCCAACGAUUCCACCUGCAGCCGACCGGCAGAAUAGUCAGACACCUCGGAGUGUGCGGCCAGAUGUGCAGGUGUUGCUUACUCGUCCAAAGGCAAGUCCGAGCCUGGCCAACAAAGGCAAGGGGGUAAAGCCAGAGAUGAAACAAACCCUUCAGCUAGUGAACAAGGAGAUUCUUCAACGGCUAAAAGCGUGCCGUGGCUUGAAUCGAAGGCAACAUCCUUUAAUACCAUCAAUAAAAGAACGCCAAGCAUGUGUGGUCAGUCCAAUCAUGGAAGAUCCUCAAGAUGAAAUGCAAGGCGUAGGCCAGUUGAAAGACCAUGGCAGGAGUCAAUCACCGCCAGAAACUGUUCCAGAGGCAGCUGAAUUGAGCCCUCACACUCUGCAAGGCCAUUGGAGGCAGCGCCUCCGGAGUCGGGCUUGGCGCCUUCCAGAAAGGCCGCAAGGGAUUCAGAGCGUUCAGAGUGCAGAGCCUGUUGUGGCUGCAUCGCCAACUGUACCGACGAGAUCAUCUCGAGUUCGCGGGUCCAGAGGUAGUAAAGAGGAAGCCCGAAAUGGGCGAGCUCGUGCGAGGGAACGUAUCUCUUUACGACGGAUGUCCCUAGAAGAGUUCUGGGCACCUUUUGAGUCAGGAUCCGCAGCCUCAUCGCGGCGAAACUCCGUUCAGCAAGAGUCAUCGCAUCAUGGGCAGAUCCGCAAGUCUGCAGCGAAGAGGCAUGGGCAGGCCCAUUCCAGCCGGAGGGGCAGUGCGAACGACCGCAGACAUGUCAGCAUGCGUGAGACUGAUUCUGACGUGGAGGAUGCUGAUGAGGAUGGCGAUGAUGUGGCUACAGGAAGACUGCCUGACAGGACUCAACCUGACCGCAUGCACACGCUUCAGGCCUUGGUGGAAGUUGAGACGAAGGAGGUGGAACUCAAUUUUCAAGUUGUAAAGUGGUCUACUCAGCGGCAAGAAAGCCCUGCAGCGGACCUGGAAAAGCAGAGUGGUUGGUGGGAGUCUGCCAACGGAGUGGUUGAGAACCAGUUCGUGAUUAUUCAACUUGCAAACAAGGAGCCAAAGAGGUUGCAUGCAUUGGAAUUGAACCUUCCUGGCAAUGAUGCUGGACCGCGCUUCUGCAAAUUGCAAUACUCCAAUGAGAGUCCAGAUGGGCCCUGGAAAGAGGCUUGGAGUUUUCAAGUCGUCUCUAAGUCAGAUGUCAAAUGCCGAAGUACUUUCGAAACUGGCAGCAAUCUGGUGAAGGACUUUAAGGAAUGGUUGACUCGCUCUUACAGAGGCAAUGUUCAUGAAGCGUGGAAGUUACUCUUCAACGACGCGCUGAUGGAAAUUCCGUCUUUGGAGUUUCUUGCGUCCAUGGCCAGAAUCAAGCAGCAGAUGUUCCAUCCCAACCACGGUAUACCAUCAUGGUGUGAGGAGGCACAGAAACUCGCUGAAGAACUAGACCCUACGAAAAGCGGUAUGGUCAGUUUGGCCUCCGUGCUUGAGCCAGCCCAGCCUCCUCCUGAAGCAUGCUACUGGAAGCUUACCAUCGUCAACAAUUGGGGCUCAACCAAACGGCUACAGGUCAUGUCGCCCCUGAGAUUGACAACCCUUAUCCAGGUUCAAACUGGCGGACUCUCUCGAAUGCGAGCUUCCUUCAUAGAGCACCAGGCAGGCAAGCUCGCAGGCGAUUCUUUGAUUCGAGCGUUUGACCUGGAAACUCUGGGUGUGGAUUCAGAGGCAGUCCAACUGCGCCGAUUGGCCAAGAAGUUCGGCAUCAGCAUUUUGGACAUCGAAGACAUGCAUCGGUUGUUUUCCAAUGCUACGUCUGAUGGAAAAGUCAUCGUGCAGUCAGAGUUUACCAGUAUGCUUCUCAAGCUCUAUGGCACCGAAGACCUCAGUGAAGUACCGCCACAACGCCUGCGCUUCUUCUGGCAGCAGGCGGACCAGGAUGGGAGUGGCGAAAUCGACUUCGAGGAAUUCAUUAUGUGGUACGACCGCUACAGUGAGGAGAUCUUGAGUCGAAGAAAAACACGACGGCAUCGUGAAUCCCCGGAUGACGGCUGA